UCAUAAGUUGUACGAAUUACCUGGUCUUUCGGAGGCCCAUCACUCGAGGUCGCAGCUGAGGUCCUUCCCUUCUCGCUUUGAUCUCGCCGUUGUGCUCCUCUGCCCUCCACGUUACCACCGUAUACAUAUAUACAUAUAUAUAUAUAUACAUACAUGUAUAGAUAUAUCUUCAGAGUCAUCGUUCUGACUGAUGGAGCUGGCAUUCAAUUUCUGAAACUGCUCUCUGUCUACUUUUUCAUAUUUUAAUUGUAUCCCACUUGUCUCCUCCCAUCAAGGUUUUUUACUUUUCACAUUCUGAAACCUUCACACCCUGCAAAAAUAAACUGAUCUUGUUUCUGUCAAGCUUGUUCAUAUAAUCAUAAUUUCCAUCGUCUUCUGAGAAAUGGGCGGCUUUCAAAAUUGCAUCUUUUGCCACAAAAAUAGAAAUAUUUACAUUUCCAUCCUCCUGUUCUUGGUUUCGAGCUCGACCCAUCUGAUUUUCAUGGCUGAAGGUGGUAGACCAAUUUCCAGCAAACCAAGUGAGUUUGCUCCGGCAAGAGUUCUUCAGGAAAAUAAAGCAGGGGUGGCGGUCAGCGCUCGUCAAAUAGGGUCAGUGCGACCGAGCUGCGAGCGGAGGUGCAGCGCUUGCGGGCGUUGCGUGGCGGUUCAGGUUCCAGUUACUCCUCAAGUUAAUGAAAUCAGAAGCCAUGGAAGCAGCUCCUCUGUUUCUUUUUCCAAAACUGCCCCAAAGAACGUAGCUUACUCCAGAGGAGAUGACAUUACAAAUUAUAAGCCAAUGAGCUGGAAAUGCAAGUGUGGGAAUUUGCUCUACAAUCCUUGAAUAUUUUCAUGAAUUUUUCCAUUAUUAAUGUUUUUUUUAUUUUAAUUUUCUUGUAUUUUGGUAUUUUUGGUAUGAACGUGGUCUGUGCAGCAGUAACAGUUGUUUAUUUUUGCCC